AUGUACUUCGGGCAGCGCCAGUUUGGGCCGUGCUCGCACGCUUCGGAUGGGUGCUGCGUGGAAAAGGGGGCGCUGACCAGGAAGCGCUGCCCCGUGGUUGGCGGUUGGCUCUUCACACAGGCCUUUACCUUGCAGAAGCACGUUGAACAGCUUCCGCGGCAAGAGUCGGUGAGCAUCGCCCUCCUAAAGCAAAUGCCUGGAAUGUAUCAGUUGAGCACCGUGGUGGGAUCUAUUGAGGAGUUCUGGUCCCACAGCUGGCAAGCACCAUGUUUUUGGAAGAUCUGGUUGCUUCUGAUGAUGAAGAAUGGCACGCCAGCGUGCAUUGUGGCAUUGGCCGUGGCGUCUCUGGCAGGAUGUUUGUCCUAUCUGGAACUUUUGCCAGCUGUGGCAUUCAGGUCGCCCUUAAGAGCGUUCCAGUCACCAGGUUUUGAGUUCGAGCACCGGUACACUCCUGGAGCCAUGGUCUUCGGGCUAAUGGCUAUGAUCCUGACCCUUCUCCUGUGGCCUCCUAGGGGGCAGGCAUUUCUGGAUCGGGCUUGCAUUCAUCAAGGUGAUGCCAAGAAGAAGGCUUUAGGCAUCCUAAACCUGGGAGCAAUGCUGAAGAGAUCUCAGAAGCUUGUGGUGCUUUGGGAUCCGAGCUACCUCUCGAGGCUGUGGUGCGUGUUCGAGCUCUCUGCCUUUCUGAGCUCUCACAAGGAAGACAAGGAAGACAAGGAAGGAAGGAUACAUUCCCUUGUGGUCAAGCCACUGGGGCUUGCGACGAUCACGACCUGCUGGGUUCUUGGGGGUCUUCUCUUUGGAAUUGUCGAGAUCAGUAUGCCCUCAAACUUGGGAAGCAUCGGCCCUUUUGGACUGAGAGGAGCAUAUGUGUUUGGUUUUGCAAUUCUGGCCAAUGUGAUCAUGAAGCGAUACUGGAAGCAGAUCUCUGUGGCCGAGGAAGCAUUCAGUAGCUUCACUUGGGAUGGGUUGAAAUGCCAGUGCUGUGAAAUAAAUCACGUGGUGAAUGGUGUCAGCAUAGCGUGUGAUCGCGACAUGAUUGCCGAUUGUGUCUGCCAGUGGUUUGGCUCCAUAGAUGCGUUUGAGACCUGCGUGCGCACAGAAGUGCGCGAAGUUUUCUUGGCACAGCUUGUCAAGGGAAUGCCCUUUGGAUACUGGUGGCUUUGUGCAGCCAGUUCCGCAUGGAUGUGGCUCCUAAUUGAUCAUUCUGCGGCCCGAGCUCAUGCUGGAGAUUAUGUGGGGAUGGCGCGAUCGCUUUUUGCAGGCAUCUAUUGGUGGUUCUGGAUCGGCCCUAGCAGCUUCCAGGCGUUUGUAGCGCUUGCACGCUGGCAGCGCGCGGGGGCGUCCAAUCUCCGGCAAGUUGCUGGUUUCCUCGCCUUCCUGCUUCUGAUCGUCGUACCUCAACAGUACCAAUAUUGGCUUUUCCACUUUAUGGAAGACAAGCAGGUGGCAAAUCUGGCAUUUGGGACAAGCACCCUGCUAGUAGCACUGGCCAUACAUUUCUAUCUGAGCCGGCGGCCCACUAAGCUGGCUUCUCCAGACCGCGUGUGA